AUGGCUUUACCUAUGAAGAACUCAGUAUUCUGUCUCCUUCUUCUUCUUCCUAUUUUGGCUUCAUGUGUUGAAAAACAGGUCUAUAUCGUGUACUUAAGAGAGCAUAGUGAAGAGAAAGCAUUGCAUGAAAUUGAAGAAACCCAUCAUUCUUAUCUGUUUUCUGUGAAGAAAACUGAGGAAGAAGCCAGAUCUUCUCUUCUUUACAGCUACAAGCACAGCUUCAAUGGCUUCGCCGCAUUGCUCACCCAACAGGAAGCCUCCAAACUGUCUGGUACACCAAACUGA